AUGCGUUUUGCCUACACCAUAUCGCAUGUGGCUGGCAAAGACAUUGCAACUGCGGAUGUGCUGUCCCGAGCUCCCGUCAGUCACACUCCAGAAGGAUUGCAGGAGGAGGAAAUCAACCUCUAUGUUGAUUCUGUGGUAGCGAAUCUCCCGGCUACAGAAAAGAGGUUAAGAGACAUUCAGAGACACCAGGACGACGACCCCAGACUCAAGCGCUUGAAGAAAUUCUGUGUCGAGGGAUGGCCAGAUAAAUUCUCAAUUAACAGAGUGUUCCAGCCAUACCUGCAAUUUUCAGAUAUGAAGGUCAAUGAAAAUUAUCCUAAUACAACAUCUUCAAGGACAGCUUGGGUUCAAUCUUUUUACUUUGCACUUCAAGUGCUUGGUAUAAUUGGUGGUGUUGCUGCAAUAGUAUUGCAGAUUUUAAAGCAACAAAAUCAUUCAGAUCUUCAUUUAGUUCAGGAUUCCAAUCAUGUUAGUGAAGCAGUGCAGCAUCCAGGUGAAGGGCUCCGGAUUCUUUUGGUUGGAAAAACCGGGGUGGGGAAAAGCGCAACAGGCAACACUAUCCUGCGAAAGAAGUUGUUUAAAUCUGAGAUAUCAUCUGCUUCUGUGACUGCACAGUGUGAAAAAUUUCAUGCAAUAGUAAAUAGGAGAAAAAUAUCGGUCAUUGACUCUCCGGGUUUGUUUGACACCAGCUUGAGUGCAGAUGAGGUGAUUGACAGAAUCAAACUCUGUAUUCCUCUCUCUGCUCCUGGUCCACAUGUGUUCUUAGUUGUGAUUCAGUUGGGCAGAUUCACAGAUGAAGAGGCGGACACAGUUAAAAUCAUCCAAGCAAUAUUUGGUAAAGAGGCCUCCACAUACACCAUGGCCCUCUUCACUCAUGGAGAUCUACUGGAAGGCGAAAACAUUCACACGUUUGUGCGUAAAAAUGCAAAACUGGUCAGUUUCAUCAAAACCUGCAGUGGACGAUACCAUGUGUUUAACAACAAAGACAAGAAUCCAGAUCAGGUCGUUCAGUUGUUGGACCAGAUUGAUAAAUUGGUUACUGGAAACGGUGGGCAGCAUUACACCAGUGAGAUGUUGGAGAUGGCAGAGAAAGAAAUUGAGGAAGAAAAACAACGUAUUCUGAAAGAGACAGAGGAGCAGAGACUCAAGGAGAUAGAAGAAAUGAGGGGAAAAGUUAGAGCUGAGGAAUUUGAAAAAAAUAAAAAAAUAAUGAAUGACCGCCAUGUAGAGGAAGCAAGAGAGAAAGCUGAGAGAAGCGUAAACAUUAUAAUAGAAGUUGUAAAAUUUUUGGGUGGAGUUCUAAAAUCUUUUUUUGGGUUUUAAAAGAGACCAUUUUAAUGAACUAC